ACCUCCUCGGAGGAGGAGGGCAGCAGUGCCGCAAAGUCAACGAUAACUGUCGCAAAAAGGAGUCCACGAAGAAGACACCGCAGCAGUAGCAGGAAAAGGCGGUGAAGAAGUACAACGACGAUAAUGCUAAACGGAAAAUAGAAAGGACGGGUUCCGUUUGGCGUACGUUAAAUCAACGCUUUUACCUCGGAAAAAAAGGCAUUUGAACAUUGGGGCACUAUAUUAACUGAACUAUGACAGAGCCUCAGUCGGCGCUCUUACUCAGGAGACAGCUAGCAGAGCUGAACAAAAACCCGGUGGAGGGAUUUUCUGCUGGUCUGAUAGAGGACAGUGAUCUUUACAGAUGGGAGGUUCUUAUUAUCGGGCCUCCAGACACGCUGUAUGAAGGUGGUGUGUUUAAAGCUCAUCUGACAUUUCCCAAAGAUUACCCCCUCAGGCCACCAAAAAUGAAGUUUAUCACAGACAUUUGGCACCCGAAUGUGGACAAGAAUGGAGACGUAUGUAUUUCUAUUUUGCAUGAACCCGGAGAGGAUAAGUAUGGCUAUGAGAAACCAGAGGAGCGAUGGCUGCCCAUCCACACAGUGGAGACCAUCAUGAUUAGUGUUAUCUCUAUGCUGGCAGACCCAAAUGGUGACUCACCAGCCAACGUGGACGCUGCAAAAGAGUGGAGGGAAGACAGACAUGGUGCAUUCAAAAGGAAAGUUGCCCGUUGUGUACGAAAAAGCCAAGAAACUGCAUUCGAGUGAUCUUUAGCAAGGAUUUAGUUCAUGUUUUCAGGGUCUCCUAUUGAAAUCAGAAUGGCACUGUUUCCUGCACUCCUAUCAUGUCUCCAGGCCUGUCCUUUUUGGAGGGAAGAGACUGGCUUCUGCAGGCUGCAGCAUUAUCCUACAGUGACGAGCAAGGCUGACAGAAAAUCGCCAAGCAAGUGCCAACAUAAAAAAAAAAGUAAAAAAUAAAUAAAUAAACAAAUGCCCAGAGGAUGUUAACACAUUCUUCAAGUCUAUGAACUGCUUCUACUUUCAGGAAGAUAUUGUAAAGACAUGUAAAUAGCCAACCUAAACCGGAUAAUAUAUACCCUCCUUUCCAUUCAUCAAGACAUUUAGACCAAAUAUAUAGUACUGGUUGGGAUAGAUUUAUUUUUGUGUUUUUCUUCUCUCAACUCCAGCAUGUAUUAGCUGUCUUUAGUUUGUUUUCAUUGGAGGUUUUAAAGAGAAUAAAUCACAAUGCUGUGGGAGGAAAAAGCACCAGUGAAGAUCUCAUCGUGUUCAUUGAAGACGUGCCCGAGGAACGCCGCCACGUUCUGUUCUCGUAGGUUCUCUAAUGCUCUUCAGUUCAACCUGUUGGUUUCCUGAUCCCUUUUUAAGUCUUUCCAUCCUGCGAAGUUCAAGAAGAAGACGGAGACGGAUGAUUUGUGCAUGCCCAAUUUAGGUUGUUUUUAAAAGUGCCUCCUAAUAAAAAUGCUUGGCCAGUUCACCCCAAAUUAAACAAGUAUUUAAAAUGUUUUUUUUUCUUAAAGAAACAUACGAAAUUAUCAAGCAUACAUAGUAUGAAUUUAUAUAUUAAUGACUACACAGAAGUGUCAUUUGGGUAUUGGUAACAAUGUUGCUGUAGCAAUAACCCCCUUAGGAAAAGUGUUUGUGGUAAUAUCUGAGAUCCUGCUACAAUUGGAGUUUAGUUUUUCCUUUUCUUUUUAAUUAGCUCUUUUUUCCCCUCGUCUGUUCAUUGUAGGAAGUGUUAUGCAUGCUUUAUUUGUUUUUACGCCUAAUUUGUUUUCUUUUGGUAUCACGUUUUUCAAAUGUUUUCUUUUGUGUGAGUGCAGUGUGUUCUUUUGUUUUGACAUCUUCAUUUCUGAUCCCAUUAUUCUGCCCUCAAAGCUAAUGCAGUGUUUGCCUAAUGUACAAAGAGAAAAUACGGUGUAUAUUUUUGUGUCAUGAAAGCUGUCGUCUGUAGUGUACUCUUCUAAAACAUGACAUUUUUUAAAA